GUGAACAUUAACGGCAGAGUAUCGCGGACAAUGUUGCUUGGAAUUAUCCUAUUUUGUUCCGUGAUUUUCGUGGACGCCAGAGUGGUCGAGUUUAGAAACGACCAACGUUCCGUCUGCUUGACAGAGGAAUGCGAGGAAUUCGCCAGGGUGAUACUAACGAACAUGAACGCCUCUGUGGAUCCGUGCAUGGACUUCUAUGAAUAUGCAUGCGGCAAUUGGCCGAGAACAGAUUCACUUGCAGCUGCAGGGAAAUUCGGGCGAAUGCGAGCGGCCUCUGAUAGCGAGAACAAACGGAAAGUCAAUGAGAUGUUAAAGUUGGAACUGCGAGGCGAUGAAAUUCCUCCGGUGAAAAUAGCGAAGCAGUGGUACAAAGUCUGCAUGAACAAAGAGGACAUGAACGAACGUGGCAUGAGACCAUUAGUCUCGAUAUUGAAUGAAAUCGGUGGAUGGCCGAUAACAAUGCAGCGAAACGCGCGGUGCAAGCAGAAAUGGCAGAAUAUCGACGAUUAUUACGCUCAUUUAAGGGGAUUCAAUUUGUUGCACGAUGUUCGGGUCACGACAUACGGUCGUAAUUCGAAAGAGCUGACCGCGGUGCUGGACGUUCCUGAUAUGCCACCGUACUCGUGGCUGCUGGAUAAAUUUUUCGACGGGGACAGCAGCGAGACAGACGACCACGAAAAGCGCUUGAAGGAUAUGAAAAGGUAUCGAAAUUUCAUUUCGAAAAUUGUGUCGAAGAUCGUCGAGGAUGGGGGUCUGAACGCAACGUGGGAUCAGAUAGAGGAAGACAUCUCGGAUAUACUGAUCUUCCAAUGGAAAUUGUCGAAGAUAACGAGUCUAGUGGAUGAUUACGUCAACACGACAGUGAAAGACUUCCAAACUUGGUACAAUAAUUUGAGACCGCUUACGGAAAGAUCUGCUAUAAAUUGGACGGACAAGAUAAUCGGUGUCUUUAAGGAGGCAGGCAUCGAUAUUCCCGAAAAUACGGUCUUGAAAGUCGCCUCCCCUGGAUAUAUCCGGAAAUUAAUUCCCCUGCUCGACGAAACUUCGAGCAUAACAAUAGUGAAUUAUCUCCAUUGGAGCUUCGUCUCGUCCAUGAUCACGAGGACUACCGACGAAAUGAGGGAGCUGCACGAGAAAAUGGUGGACUGGGACACGGUCGUACGGGAAGACAGAUCGGACUUGUGCAUCGAGGAGGCGAAAAUACAGGACGUGAUCGCGUACGAAUACUCGAGGAGAUAUUUCUCUAACGACGCUGUGAACAAGACGUUGGACGUGUUGGACGAUAUGAGGAGGGAAGUGGAGAUCGAUAUCGAGAAAUCGAAUUGGGCGAACGAGACGAUAAAGGAGUUGGCUUUAAGAAGAAUUAGACUCAUGAAGAAGAAGAUCGGUUAUCCUGAUUGGUACAACAACUCGACUAUUAUGGAGAAUUAUUUUGGACAGCUAACUAUGGGACCGAGCUAUUUUGAAAAUGCUUUGAAAUUUUUGAAGUAUUACAAAUUGAAGGAAUUGCGGCUCUUGAAGUACAACGAUGUAGCAAAAUCAUGGCUGAUUAAUCCUUUGACCAUCAACGCGUUUUAUUUGACCGAACCGAAUUCGAUUAUUGUACCAUUGGCCAAUUUACAGAAGCCAUUUUUCAGCAAAAAUCAGCCCAACACCGUCAACUAUGCAUUGACUGGGUAUCUUCUGGCUCAUGAAAUGUACCAUCCAUUUGACGAGCUAAGACAUCGUUACGAUGAAAAUGGAAAAACGAUAACCUGGUCAGAAGCAAUGUCUAAACGAUACUACGAAAGUGCUCGAUGUUUCAUCGAGCAGUAUGAUAAUUACACUUUGAGUACAACACCAUCUGGUCCAAAAAUCAUGAAUUAUGGCAAUCUUACUUUUGACGAAAACAUGCCAGACACCAUGGGAUUAAAAACCGCGUUUAGGGCGUACAAACGAAGGGAAAGGAUAAUUGGGAAACCAGAGUCAGCGUUACCUGGAUUAGAAAUGUUCGACAAUGAUCAAACUUUCUUUCUAUCUUCUGCCAAUUUAUGGUGUAGAGACGAAAAUUUCGAAUCGACAGUGACAGAAGCGAAAUUAGACGUGCACAGCAUAGCACGAUUAAGAUCUAUCGGUGCCCUUUCGAACAAUCAGGAUUUCGCAAAUACAUUUUCCUGUCCUUUGGGCAGCCCCAUGAAUCCUCAGAAAAAGUGCAACAUUUGGAAAAUAUAACAGGAAUAUGUCGACUAAUUGUUUCAAUAAAAUAAUUCACAUGUAAUAAAGAACACAACGAAG